CAUAGUCAGUCAACUGAGAGCUUCUUCCUCUUUCCAAAUUCCAACUCCACCAUCGUUUCAGUGUCACCUUUUUAUAUGGCUUCUUCAUCUCUAUUUCACAAUUUUUCUUCCAUUUCUCCACACCCUUCAAUCCGCCAUAGAAACCCACCCAUUUUUCCCCAUUCCCAGUUCCUCCCUCCCAACUCCUUGAAACUCAAAAAACAAUCUCUCUUCUCAAAUUCGCAAAUUCGGAAGCUAACAGCUCGAGGGUCUCCUUCUUUCCCUCUUGUAUAUGCUGCACAGAACAAUUUCUUGAGAGUCUUUCAGACAGUUUGGAAGAUUGGUAAGGAUGGAAUUGAGGCAGGAACAGGCCUGGUACCUGAUUCUGUACCAAGGCCUAUAGCAAGGAUAUCUGUAGCAAUAGUUGCAUCAACUAUUGCACUUUUUUUGCUCAAGUCAGUCCUGUCUACGGCCUUGUUUGUGCUGGCUAUGAUGGGAGCAAUUUAUUUCGUAUUUAUAGCGCUGAAUAAAGAUGAAGGACCAAGAGGAGGUGGAGGCUCCCCCUCCUCAUCCACAACCUCCACAGAGGAGACUCUUGAAGAAGCGAGAAGAAUAAUGGAGAAGUACAAGUAGCAACACCUGCAGUAAGCCAGUGUCAAAUACCUCAUAUCAAUUUCCUAUAAUCAUUCCCCAUAAGUUGUCAAAUACCACAGUCGACCUAGUCUACAUCGUUAUGAAGUUAAUUAGUUAACAUUACUAAUCUUGCUUCAUAAUCCAGACAAUCCUCAGCAUUGUUGGCUGUAUAAUUUUUCGGUCGCUUGACCAUGCAAGAGUAGUGAUGUGGUUGAUAUCUUAUUCAAUUGAAGGUUGUAAAUACCAUGUAUUUGAGAAGUACAAGCAUAACGAACCACACUGCCUCUCUAUAUUUUUCUGUGUCAUGCACUAUGACCCAUUUUAUCUGCUGAGGUGAUACUCCAGAUAUCAAAUGUUUGUAAUUAUUUUCAUGUUUUAACUCUAUUAAUUGAUAUGCUUCGUUAAGAAUUA